CCUGACAUUUGUGGUCCAUCUCCUGGUUCCCCUGGUCUCCCAGGGCCUGGAGGAGAAGGUGGACGAGGUCUUGGUGUGUCUUCCAGUCCUGAUCCUGACAUUUGUGGUCCAUCUCCUGGUUCCCCUGGUCUCCCAGGGCCUGGAGGAGAAGGUGGACGAGGUUUGGGUGUGUCUUCCAGUCCUGAUCCUGACAUAGGGGGCAUUCCUGGCCCCCCUGGAGGAUGUUGGGGCAUUUCAUGUCCCCCUAUUGGUGGUGGUGGUGGCAUUGGUGGCCUAGGUUGCUGU